UUUUUUUUUUCCCUUUUUGCACAUAAAAAUGACUGAACAAGAUACACUUGAAAACUGCAAAGAAAAGUUUGUCAACCUCAUAUCUGAACUCAAUGACAGUCAAUUUCACGAGUUCCAACAAUUUGUUGCCACAGCCAUGGGUAAGUCUUUCUUUUUAAUGCGUUCAAGCUUGGACUGCUUUGACAGAUUUAAAUUAUUCAAGAUCAACAAUCUUUUGGUUUAUAGAGGAAUAUCAUAGUCAACUACAUAAUGACCAAGAUAUAGAAAUGGAAGAGCAUGAUGGUGAUUUUCAGCCUGUGAGUGACUUGAAAAUGAUGCGAUUAGGAAGAAUCAUCAAGGAUCUUCGUGCACAAGUACCCGUGUCAGCAGAAGCACCUGGAGAAAAGAUUGUGAUUCCAGAUACAGAUGAAUUUAAAGAAUACAAUCAAGAUAAUACAGUUCAUGUAGAUAGUUUCUUAUUUACAGAAGAAGACGUGGAUGACUUGGUUGAUGAAGGCAAGAUGUCACGAAACUAUUGCUUAGACUGUAAAUCAAAGAAGGUUAAACCAUUGAAUUUCAUCUCACACUCUGCUUCGGUCUUACAGUUACAAUUUCUAUAUCAAGUAGCAUUGGCUAGUUCUGUAAAGGAUAAAGUGGUUGUCGAUAUUGGCUCUAGAUUAGGAGCAGUUUUAUAUACUGGAUAUUUGUUUACUAAAGCUCGUAAACUUAUUGGAGUAGAAAUUAAUGAAUGGUUUAGUAAACUACAACAAGAUAUGAUAAAGAAGUAUAAAAUGGAAGACAGAGUACAAGUUAUCUGCAAAGAUAUUCAAACUAUGCCAGAGCUACUUAAUAAUGAAGCAGACGUUGUCAUUAUGAAUAAUGUCUUUCAAUUUUUUAAUCAGCUUGACGUUCAACAACAAAUAUGGAAGUUUAUUCGCACAGAAACUAAAAAGAAGCCUGGUUUAUUAUUAGUCACUCUUCCUUCCUUACAGGAACAAUUAAAAUCUGCUGGUUUAUCUGCUUCUAAAUUGAUGAAGGGAUGGGUAAAGGAAGUUAAACUUCCUUAUGAUCAAGGUUACUUUCAAGAGAUAAAUGAAGACGAAUUGGACGAGAUUAAACAAGUUCACUUGUAUAAAGUUUUGUAAAUAAAAAAUGUGUUGUCAGAAUCAUUUAUUUACAAUAAAAAAUUUAGUGACUUUUUUAUUUUUU